AAAAAAUUGCAAUAUAAGACCCCAAAGAUCAUCAAAUCUCCAACGUGAUUCCUGCAUUCCAGCACACCUUUCUCUUCGAUAAUACCAUAUUUAACCCAAAAUCAAAUUUUGUAUUUUGGCUGUGUUUUGUAUCUCAGUAAUUUCAUCGAACACCUGGUGUACAAUUGUUUGAAUUAUCUUCAGGAAACAAUGAUUUGAUAAAGUGGGGUUUGCUUUUUGGUGGGAACAAAGAGUUUUAUAUCAACUUUUGGUUGAAUUUCAUGCUUUUGUACUUGAUUUGGGAAACAUAACAAAACAGAGCAAAACAGAGUAAAACAGAGUAAGGUUGGAUUUUGGGUACUUUUUUGAGGUUUUGGAGGGUAAGGUGUGAUUGAUCUUGAAUCUUGAUAACAACAUUGAAGAUAGUUACAGUUUUGAAAAAUUGAUAAUGAGUGAUGCUCAAAGUAAUGCCAAUGGUCUCCCUCCUUUCAUUGUGAAGACAUAUGAAAUGGUCAAUGAUCCUUUGACCGAUCAUAUCGUGUCGUGGAGCCAUAAUAAUCGGAGCUUCGUUGUCUGGAACCCGCCUGAGUUUUCGGGCGAUUUGCUUCCAAGAUACUUCAAGCACAACAAUUUCUCAAGCUUUAUUAGACAACUCAAUACAUAUGGUUUUAAAAAAAGCGAUCCAGAACAAUGGGAAUUUAUGAAUGAAGACUUCAUUAGAGGAAAACCACAUCUUCUAAGAAACAUUCAAAGAAAAAAGCCAGUUCACAGUCACUCAAUUCAGAACCUCCAUAUCCAUGGAGGUAUAUCAUCUUCUCCCAUGACCGAAUCCGAAAGAGUUCAAUACAGAACCGAGAUAUACAGGCUGCGCUACGAGAAAGAAUCACUAUCUUUCGAGCUUCAAACACACAGGCAAGAACAAGAAGAUAUUGAAAUGGCAGCACACGCGUUAACAGAACGCUUAAAGAUUGUGGGAGAACACCAGAAAGAAAUAUUGCGCGCGUUGGAUAGUACUUUGCAUAAACCAGCUCAAAUAUUCGACACGUAUGAUCGAAAGAGACGGUUUUUGACCGAAUUUAAUGAUCAGGUUUCCUCUUUUGAUGUCCCUAUCGAUGAAAAGAUGACCGUAGAUGCCCUUUUGGCUUUCGAUUCAGAAUUGGUUGAGCAACUGGAGUCUUCUAUUAUUUUUUGGGAGGAUAUAUUGGCCGAAUUUCGUGAAAAAUGGUCACACGAGUUGGAUCACGAGUCGAUAAUAAAUUUCGAAACAGGUUUUAAAGAAUGUGAUAUCGUCACAAAUUGUGAACCAUACAGGCCUGUUGCUAUCGCAAAUGAAGAACAACAAAGUGGGAAUAGAGGAAUCACGGGUGGGAACGAUGGGUUUUGGGAGCAGUUCAUGACCGAGAAUCCUGGUGGUUCGACGAAUGAGGAACCCGGUUCAAUGGCUGAUAAUGAUAGCAGAGGGUUUGAUCAAUACAGGAAGUUUUGGUGGAACAUGAGUUCUGUAAAUAGUGUUGCAGAAACAACUUGAAAUCUUUAUGUUUAGUUGACAUUUAGUUCUUUAAUUAUUUGUGUGUACGUAAAUAUUAGGAAAUUAGACUUUAGAUUAUUAUUAUUUUAAUUUUAAUUCUGUAUGUUUUAUUUAUAGUAUUUUAGUUUUUUUAAUUAUUUGCGUGUAUGUAAAUAUUAAGAAAUUAGACUCUAGAUUUUUUUUUA